AUGACUUGGACACCUACCGAAUCCUUCUUAAGGGGAAAGAUCAUCAAGCCCUUUUUGCCGUAUGAGAAACACCCAAACUUGCAUAACAGCAGUUUGAAAAAUCUCUACCCUGGUGAUGAAAUUUACGUUUUUGAAACCAAGAAUGACAGAUGGGCAAGAGGUUAUGCUCUUUCCAAGCCCUUUCCCAACGAUUUCACCAUCACCUCUGUCAACUUGGACGAGUUGCCUGGUGUUAACAUCAACGUGGUUGUUUUUCCAUUGAAGUACUUCAAGAUUGUUGAACCAGUUGCGAUCACCGAUAUCAAGGUCAGUAAGAAUUUCAACAACAUUACCAACAUCGAUGCUGUUCCAACCUUGCAAGACUCCGAAAAGGCUCGUAAGAUUGCCAUCGAUGGUAAUGUCGGUGACACCAGACCUUUAGCACCUGUGUUGCCUAUGGACAACUUCGAACAGGGAGAAGACUUAGUUGGUGAAAUCAGACAUGCAUUAGGUUUGUUGACUUCCCAUAUUUUUGCCUUGUACUCGAUUGGUGAGUUCAGAUUGUUCAACAAGUUGUCUAGUAUUUACUACGACUUGAACGAAACCAGAAUCAAGUUGACCCAUAACUUAUUGACUAUCGAUGAAACUCAAGUCGCUAAGGAAACUGCUACUUUCUUAUUAAACAAAAUCCCAAAAAAAUUGGCUUCCAGAGCCGCAAGAUUGAAUGCACAAUCCUACGAUUUAGACAACCACAACACCGAUAUCUCUGGUUACAAGGCCAUCUUAUCCAGAGAAACUACUUCCGGUGAGUUGUUGGCUAACUCAGUAACUUUCCCUUCGAAGAUUGCUCUCAAUCAAGUUUUGUGUGCCUUGGCUUCCAACUUCCCAAUCAACGCCCACCAGCAUAUUGAGGAGUUUUCUUUGGAGCCAGCUCCUAACAAGAAGUUACACCAUGAGCCUCCUUCCCACAUUCUUGUUGAUUUCAAGUCUGUUUCUGGUAGUUCAGCUUACCAGCCACCAGGCUUCGCAGGUAUGAUUGCUUACUUGUACAUUAGAAACAAUCGUAAGAGAUUGACUGAGGCCUUUGCAGUCCACACCAAUUCCGUUGAUGAUUUGGUCCAUGUCGAGAAGAUCAGUGCUGCUUUGUUUAGAAACAUUCCUUCGAGUGAAAUUGAGAACAGUAGAGUUUAUUUGGUUGCUGUUUUGACUGAGGAGAUUGAUUUGAGUGUCAAAACUAACAACGUGCCUCUGGUUAAGAGAGUUAAGAAGGGUGUUGCUGCUGGUGUUACCGAUAUUACCAGAAUUUUCAGUAGAAACCAGGGUUCUUUGCAAUCAGGAGAAUCCCAUCAAUUCUCAAUCAAAUUGUUCGGUUCUUAUGUUAACAACAAAAAGGGUCCAAAGAUGGAGGACCAAGAUCCUGUUGUCAACAAUGGUUGGGGUGAAUUGGUUGAUAGAAUUAUUUCUGGUUCUUCUCAUGGUGUUGUUGUCAAUCCAAGAGCUGAAAAAUUGAUUGUUUCCAUUAAGGAGUUUAAGCAUCAAUUCGCUGGUGUUAACCAGAAUCCUAUUAGCACCUCAGCACCAAUUUCAAGAAUCAAGCCUAUUUUCUUUGAUCCUUUGGCUGAGAACUAUGAAAGAAUUUAUUUGGCUAUGGGUAAGGUUAGUUUACUUAACAGUAUCACCAAGGAUGAUUUGUUGACCUUUGAGGUGAGUACUCCAAACAAUGAACUUAUCACUUUCGCCAAGGCCUCUAAUCAACAAGAAAAGAGAAACUGGCAAUUCGUUUCUGUCUUCCCCGACGAAUCUGUUGGUGAGAUUAUUAAGAUCAAUGGAGUCUCUUUGAAGAAUCCAUCCAAGAAGUUUCCAAAGGAUGAUCACAUUGUCUUAUCGUUGUAUGUCAACGGUGUUUUGGCUGGUGAGGGUAAAUUGCUUUACAAGUCUGGCAAUAGGUUAGUUGAGUUUAACAAACGAAAGACUCACACAAUUGAAAUUAUCUCGACCACUCACAAUAUCCCAAUGGCCCAAGUCGAUCUUAGUACUGAAUAUGUUGGUAAGAUUUACAAUUCUGAUUCUUCAAUUGACAACAUUUUCCAAUUUGAAAGAUUUUUCAGAUCAGGCUCAAAGGGUAUCGAUGAAUUAUCGGCCUCGUUGGUUUCAUUCUGUAAAUUGGACAUUUCUCAAUUGGUCAAGUACUUCCCUGAAUUAUUGAGCUCCUUAUACAGCAUUGUUGAUUAUUCCUUCCAGCAAGGAUUGUCCUCAAGUAUUGAAAUUCUUCAUGACAAUACCUUCAAGGCAAUUGUUCACUUAUUGGAUAUUGUCUUCGGUAAGCAAGACCAAUACUUGUAUUUGAUUGACACUUUUGUUGAAAGAUACAGCAAUCUUCCAUUGAUCGGUAUUUUCUUGCUCAACAAGAUGUCUGAAAUCUUUUCGAGAGCUGAAUCCAACUGGAACUCCAUGUCAAGAUCCUUAUGUCGUGUGGUCGCUUUGGUUAUGAAGUUGGCUGUUCAUUCGAUCAAUGCUUCUAGUGAUUUCGACGCUUACUUCAAAGCUCUUAGCUCUUUGUUCAAAUCUGGAGCUUUCUUCUUGUCCAUCCAAUCUAACUCAUUGGUCAACGAUCAAGUUUUGAUUUUGGAUAUUAUUGAUUAUGUCUUGACUUUCCAAUCUUACCUUAACGUCUUGGAUCUCCUCAAGUUUAUCGUCAGUUUCAUUGAUACCAUUGGUAUCAGAGGAUUGGGUGCAAACGAAGAAGCCUUCAAUAAUAAGAAAUCUUCUGUUUCCAACCAAAAGGACCAUAAGAUUAUUGUCAGUAAACUCUUGUUGAUUCGUCGUCUUUUCUCCUCCAGUAUUGUUGAAGAUGCUGCUUCUAGGAGAUUAUUGAUCUCUAAAUCAGUCGGAUGGGUUAUGGAAGUCUUAUUGGGACCAACUGAUAUUGAUGCUUCAAGAUUGGCUUGUAGUGUCUUAAACUCGGUGUGUACUUUGUUGUGGAAGACUAUUGUUCUCGAAGGUAAAGAAGAAGAAAUUGAUUUGUGCUACUCCUUGACUAAGUUAUUGCCUGCUAUUUCCAGAACAAUUAUCAAAUAUAACAAGUUCACCAGAGGUAAUGAUUUCUUCAAGCCAAAGAGAACAUUCACCCAAUUAUUCCCUACUGAAUAUCCAUUCAAGGAAGCAUCCAUUGAUCCAAUUGUUAAUGAUGAAGUCUUGGUCGAGAUCUUGGUAGAAUUGUCCAGUAUUUUCUGUUUCAUUGCUAGAAUUGGUAAGGCUACUGCUGGAAGUGAAGGAUUCAGCAAGAUCUUAAGUUUGGAUAUUCCAAAUGACUUCUUCGACCCUUCGAAGUACUUGGCUUCAGACUUCAGAAAUGAGGAUUUGAUCACUCUUAUUUCUGGUGUUAAACUUAUGAGACAGGGUAAAUUCUUCCCAGAAGACAAAUGGUUGUCAUUGUACGGUGUCAUUAUUGAUGGUUGUUUGGCUUCGUUGGAAUUAAUUAGGCCAUUAUUGAUUAACCAUUAUAUUCCAUCAAUCUCUGAGUCAGAAGUAUUUGACAGAGUUCUUUGGGGUAACUACUUGAAAACCUUGUUGAGAUUGGCUGUCUUGGCUCCUGUCUCUAUCGAACACUUGUCCGAUGUCCCAAGAAAGGCUUGUUUCCAGAUCACAGGUACUGUCCGUGACAGGGCAGCUUUCCUUGUUAAUGAAGCGUGGGAUAGUUUGGCUUGGGAUGCUACUUCUGAAGACAUCAUUAGAUUCAACCUUAACAAAUUUGGUGGAUAUCAGGUGGAGUUUAUUAACCAAGACUAUGGUAUUCUCCAAGACUUGAUGUUGUUUGCUUUGCAAAAGAACGCUGCCUGUCAGUCAGUAAGUGUCAAAAUCUUGUGGUCCAUCAUGAUUUCAGAAUACAUUCUUAGUGACAAUAUUGUUGACAUUGAAAAGGAGUGUCUUGUUGGAUUGCAUGAAAUCUACAACAGAAACUCCUACAAGCCAAGCUUAGUUGAACAAGAUAUGUUCAUUGAAAGAAUGAAGUUGACUAUUAGAUUGGAUAGAGAAGAUGAAGCUUAUGGAAUGAUCACCAACUUCAUUGAGAGUGUUUCCGGAUUCUUGUUCGUUCUUAACGAUUUAAAUAGUGUUCCAGUUGGCCCAGAAUUCGACGAUGAUAGAACUUUCCACAAGCUUAACAUCAAUGCCUAUCUUAAGAAUGCCAACAAGCCUGAAUUGUUCCACUCAUUCAUCAACUCGAUGUACGAGGAAAACAUCAGCAAAAAUGAUCACAUUCAAGCUGCAUUGAGUUUAGAAUUACUCGCCUCAACCUACACUUGGGAUCACAAUACUAUUAUUCCUUCUAGUUUCAGACCAAAAUUCCCAGAGCAAUCAUCAUUUGAAAGAAAAGAAACUCUCUAUAAAAUGAUUGCAACCAAUUACAUUAAGGGUAACAGUUUAGAAAGAGCUACUGAUACCUACAACGAAUUACUUGAUUCAUACAGCAAUCACACUUACGAUUUGAAGAGUUUUGCUUAUGUUCACAACAAAUUGGCUAAGCUCUACUUGGACUUGGAAUCCAGUGAUAAGUUGAGUCCUUCGUUUUUCAGAGUUUCCUUUAUUGGUGCUGGUUUCCCAACCAACAUUAGAGGUAAAGAGCAAAUCUAUGAAGGUUUACCAUUUGAACAUAUCACUUCUAUUCACGAGAGAUUAUUAAGAUUGUACCCAGGUGCUAGAAUCAUUUCCGACGAUGUUGAAGCUAAAAAUUUGAAAGAUAAGGUUCAAACCGGAAGGUACUUACAUGUUAGCACUGUGGAACCAGUCAAUGAAAUUUCGGAUAAAUUGUUCAACACCUCGAUCGGUGUUAGACAAUACGCUAGAAACAAGGAUUUGAGAUUCUUCACCUCUUUGAAAAAGAUUCCAGGAUCCACUUCUGUCUUUGAUUUGUGGACCGAGGAAACCACCUAUGAAACACAUCUUUCUUUCCCAACCUUGAUGAACAGAAGUGAUAUCAAGUCUGUCAAGGUGAUUAAGUUGUCACCUUUGGAUAAUGCAAUUAGAACCAUUGUCACCAAGAACAAUGACUUGAUUCAAUUGGAAAGUAUGAUUAACAUGGCCAUCAAGGAGAAGACGGAUCACACCUCAUUAUUGAACGAUUUGUCCAGACAAUUGGCAGGUACUGUUGACUCUCCAGUCAAUGGUGGUGUUGGUCAAUACCGUACGUUUUUCACUGAUUCGAAGUACGAUGGAAAUGGUGAUUACGUUGAUGAAAUUAGAUUAUUGAGAAAGGCUUUCGAUGACUUGGCUAUGAUUUUGAACCGUGCCUUGCACUUACACGGAAAAUUGGUCACCAACACUUUGAAGGCAUCUCAUGAAGUCUUGGUUGAAUUGUACAAGAAGAACUUUAAAGAAGACAUUGAAAAGUUAAAGAUCAAUACUGAUUACGAAACGCUCAACCAUGCGCCUGUUUCUCACUAUCAACAAUCCAUCAAUGACAAGAGAUCCAUUAGUGGUAUCUCAGGUACUGCACCAUCCAUUACCGGAUCUAGAUUAACCAGAACAACCAGUAGAGGUUCUAGUGCUUCCAGUGUUUCAGCUUCGGAAAGAAGAGAACCGCAUUAA